GGCGUAGUGUAGCGCGGCACUAACAUAUAACACGGGGCUGGCUGGGUUUGUGCGCUGAAGGCGCUGGAAGGUGAAGUUUCCCACUGCAGCUCUGAUGUGUGGCCUCACUCCAGCCUGCCUCAGUGGCCAUUAAUAAAUUACAGCCUCCCUGCUCAAAGCCAGUGGCGUGUUGGCAAAGUUUGACAGCCUGGGUCUGUCACCCACAGAAGUGCGAGCACUCUGCGAGCUCUUAGACAACUUCCACAAACCUGCUGUAAAUGUGUGUGAAAUACAACGAGGGCAGGCUGAGGGCACUCAACAGACUGCAAGUAAUAUUACAACAUUUGAAAAUGUCUAAGCAGACAGAUGCAGCAGCAGAAGUGUUGUUGGAAAAGAAAGGAGGUGCAGGAAUAAUAACUUUGAAUAGACCCAAGGCUCUCAAUGCACUAAAUCUGUCCAUGAUCCAAAAAAUUUAUCCUCAAAUAAAGACAUGGGAGCAAGAUCCUGAAACUUUCCUAAUAAUUAUAAAAGGAACUGGAGGAAAAGCUUUUUGUGCUGGGGGUGACAUCCGAGCCAUCACAGAAGCGGGAAAAGUUGGAGAUAGACUGACACAAGAUUUCUUCAUAGGAGAAUAUAGGCUGAACAAUGCCAUUGGCACCUGCAAGAAGCCAUAUGUGGCACUUAUUGAUGGCAUUACAAUGGGAGGGGGAGUUGGUGUCUCAGUCCAUGGACAUUUUCGAGUUGCUACAGAAAAGACUGUUUUUGCCAUGCCAGAAACAGCAAUAGGCCUUUUCCCUGAUGUAGGUGGAGGGUAUUUCUUGCCAAGGCUCUCAGGAAAGAUUGGCUAUUACCUCGCGCUGACAGGCUGCAGGCUGAAAGGAAGAGAUGUGCUCAAAGUUGGCAUCGCUACGCAUUUUGUAGAAUCUGAAAAGCUGCCUGCCUUGGAGAAAGACCUGAUAGCACUGAAAUCUCCUUCAAAAGAAAAAAUUGCAGAUUUAUUGAACUCUUACCACAUGAAGUGCACAAUUGAUCAAGAAAAGGAGUUUUCACUUGAUGAACAUAUGGAGAAGAUUAACAGUCUUUUUUCAGCAAAUAGUAUGGAAGAAAUUGUUAAAAAGUUAAAGCAAGAUGGUUCUCCUUUUGCCAUGAAGCAGCUAGAGACUAUUAAUAAGAUGUCACCCACGUCUUUAAAGCUGACUCUCAGACAGCUCAGAGAAGGAGCUUCCAUGAGCUUACAGGAGGUACUCAGGAUGGAAUACAGGCUGAGCCAGGCGUGCAUGAAAGGCCAUGACUUCUACGAAGGGGUUCGAGCAGUGCUGAUUGACAAAGACCAGUCCCCCAAAUGGAAGCCUGCUGCUCUAGAAGAAGUCAGCGAUGAAUUUGUGGACAGUUGUUUUAAACCACUGGGAAACAACGAUCUCAAGCUGUAAAGAUCAAACCUAUUGACAUCUUAUCUAUCUGCUUAGUUCUGUGAUACAAAAACUAACUGCAGUGUGAUCAAUUUGGACAAGACUUUUUUAACUAGCCUGAGAUUCACAAGUCUAUUUUUUUUUUCUUUUUUCUUUUUUUUUUUUUUGCAUUCAGGAACAUUCUCUGUAAUGAGAAAAUAAUUGUAUCUCUGUUUAAUAAUGGGAAAAAUCACUUCAAGACAAAUUGUUAUUUUUACUGCUUACACAGUGAUUAACAUUUAAUUUUUUGCAUCAACUCUUAGUUUAGGAGGAGCCCUUGGGGAAAAGAGCACAGUUUAAGGGGUGACCUAAUAAGAAAAAGUCAAGAGACCUUUUGUGUUCUUGGCUUUGUCACUGAUCUGGUAAAUUGAGAUUUGUGCCACAGAUUCUUCUGUGUACAAUAAAAAUAAAAUAUGGUUAACCUUUAAUGCAGUCAGAGCUACAAAGGAAAAUGCAAGACAGAAUCCAUGGUGUUAAAUAUCCUUUUAAAUAAAAGUUCAGACUGAUACAUUAUUAGUCUGAGAACAAGAAAUUGUUGUAUUGAUUAAACAUUUGUCAUUUUUCAGCCUUGCUGUGUGAUGUAAACAUUGUUUCAAACAUGAUAAUCUUGCCAGAGCCUGAAGCACACUUCUCUUCGCUUGCAUAGCCCACUUUUUAAAAUGUCAUUAUGUCUGAUUCAACUGCACGAUCAGUAUUUCACAAAUUCAGAAAAUUGCUGGUUUUUCUUGGUCUUACAGUGGUGAAGAAACAAGUGCCUCAAACCUCGCUGUGAACACCAAGCAGCAAAUCCCAGUGCAUUCCAGGUGGCAGGGUUCUGAUGCUGGUAAUACAUUAAGUUACACAACAUAACCAGAACCCCUUGAUACAAGUAUUUGUGGGAGGGAAAUUAUUUUCUCUAUUGUAUAUGCAACAGACAGCUACUAACCUUUCUUCAACAUUACGCCUUCUUUUUUAUGCUUCACCAGAUCACGCAGCAGUGUUUCUUUCUGCUUACUUCUACACUUACAGGCAGGUCACAAGUACAAAUUUUGGCUUCUCUGAAGACCAAAGGAAGAAAACUUCUGCUCAAAUGCCAUAGUCAGUAACCAGCACCACCUGACUUUUUGGGGAAUCAAAAACUCAGAGCUGCAGCAGAACCAUUGUGGAGUUUUCAGCUCUGGGCAGUUUUUAUGACCAACAGCAAUGGUCUGCAAUGGCUUAAGGCUCCUUCCUUUCCAGGAGCUGUUGCCUGGAAACACAGUCCAGGAAAUUCAGGUACCAAGGUGAACUACCAAGAGUGACUUUCAAAAAAUCAGAGGUGAGCAAAUGGGGAGCUAAAUCAAGAAGAAAUGGCGCCUUGCUUUGGCACUAGAGUGUUGUAAGAUAAAAUUGUUGAAAUUUCAGCUGUGAGUUUAUGUUACCAUGGACAUACUUGUUGUGGGACUGUCCUUGAGUUUAGUUCCAAAAGUAAUUGAGAUUUCAUGAAAAUGUCUAGGUAAUUCAGAAAGCGUCACAUGAUUUUCUAGCUCGAGUUGGUCCCAUAAGAAGUGCAAACCUCCCCCUGUAUUAUUUAGAAUUUUUAUGUGUUUUAUAUCCAUAAACAAUUGCUAUUUUAAAUUUAUUUUUUCAAAAUGAGUUGUCUUAAUAAUUCCAUUAUUUUUGUAUAAAAGGAGCAGUCUUCAGUCAACUACAUUAAAUGAAAAACACAGUAAUUCCCAGGGAGUAGGGAUCAUGGCUCCUCUGAUUGUACAAGAUCUUAGGAAGAACAUACUUUUGAAUUAAUAAACUUUGACUUGCAUGUUCAAUUGCUUCCAGAAUUUCUGUGAACAGGAAUUAUCCCAAGCUCAAGGUAACUGGAUCCUGUCCAAUCUUUGCAAUCUUGUGGUUUUUUUCAAAUAAAAGGCAUACAAGCAGA